AUGGCGACUGUGUAUCCGGAGAGCGACGCGAUCCGGGAAGCUCGCGAUCUGGUCGCGGAGCUAUGCCGUCACUUCUACACCCUUGGAUGGGUCUCGGGAACAGGGGGCAGCAUCAGCAUCAAGGCAAACGAGCCGGGGAGGACCAACCAGGAGCGCACGAUUGUCAUGGCGCCUUCUGGCGUGCAGAAGGAGCGCAUGCUAGCAGAGGACAUGUAUGUGAUGGCCGCUGAUGGCACUGUGCUUGUGGAGCCCAAGGUCAAGCCGCCCCCGCACAAGGCGCCCAAGUGCAGCGAGUGCGGCCCGCUCUUCCUCAAGUGUUUUGAGAUGCGCGGGGCGGGGGCGGUGAUCCACAGCCACGGCAUGGAGACUGCCAUGGCCACCAUGCUGGUCCCUGGUGCUAAGGAGUUCCGUAUAUCCCACAUGGAGAUGAUAAAGGGCAUCGUGGGCCAUGGGUACUAUGACGAGCUGGUGGUGCCAAUCAUUGAGAACACCGCGCGGGAAUACGAGCUCACGGAUUCUCUCGCUGCUGCUAUCGAGGCCUAUCCCAAGGCAACGGCGGUGCUAGUGCGCAACCACGGCGUGUACAUCUGGGGGGACAACUGGAUUCAGGCCAAGACACAGGCGGAGUGCUACCACUACCUGUUUGACGCUGCUAUCCGCAUGCACCAGAUGGGGAUCAACCCCUGUGACCCGCUGCACCUGCCAACCACUGGCGCUGCUGCUGUUCCUGCUGCUGUGCCUGCUACCGCUGGCGGCAAAGCUUUUCCGAAGUUCAUAGUGCUGGACAUCGAGGGCACCACCACCCCCAUCUCCUUCGUCUCCCAGGUCCUCUUCCCGUAUGCCAAGUCACACGUGGGGCAGCAUCUGCUCGCCACGUUUGACACCCCCGAGACGCAGGCAGACAUGCUGCUGCUGCGCACUCAGAUCGACCAGGACAUCAAAGCAUCCGUUCCUGGUGCCGAGCCCGUGCCCCCUCUAGAAGCGGGGAAGGAGGCGGUGGUGGGAGCACUGGAGAGGAACGUGGCGGCGAUGAUAGCGGCGGACAGGAAGGUGACGGCACUGAAGCAGCUGCAGGGGCACAUCUGGCGGGGCGGGUACGAGAAGGGCGAAUUGAAGGGGGAGUUUUUCAGUGAUGUGCUGACGGCGCUCACCCAGUGGCACGCUGCUGGCUGCAAGAUCUACAUUUAUUCGAGUGGCAGCAGGGAGGCGCAGCACCUCGUUUUCACGUCCCCACCUCCCCCCUCUUCUCCCCCUUCCCUCUCCUCCCCCCUCUCUCCCCUUCAGAUCUACAUUUAUUCGAGUGGCAGCAGGGAGGCGCAGCACCUCAUCUUCGGCUAUUCCAAUGUGGGCGACCUGAGGCGCUUCAUUAGUGGCUUCUUCGAUACCACCACAGGGUCGCCUUCUGUACCGACAUCCUCUCUCUCCUCCUUCCCCUCCCUCACCGUCAUUGCAAGCAGCCACAAGAGGGAGGCGCGCAGCUACUCGGAGAUCGCGCUAACUCUGGGCGCGGACUCCCCGUCACACAUCACCUUCUGCACCGACAUUCUUGAGGAGGCUCAGGCCGCCAAGCAAGUAGGUCUGCAGGCUGUGCUGCUCUCUCGCCCUGGAAAUGGUGCCCUGCCUGCCAACCCUGGCUUCCCUGUGCUCACCUCUCUCACCGACCUCUAG